AUGCAGGAUCCCAACGAAGAUACCGAGUGGAAUGAUAUUCUCCGCACCAAGGGCAUUAUACCACAAAAGCCCAAAGAAAAAGAAAUUACCGAAGAUGAAAUCAUUGGUAUGAUCGAAAGCACCAUUGCGAAAAAGCAGAACGGGAAAGAUUUAUCCCAGCUCGAACUAGAUGAGCUGGAUGAGUUGGAGGACUCGGAGGACGAGGAAGUGCUGCAACAGUAUCGACAAAAGCGCAUCGCGGAAAUGCAGGCGGCCGCUACCAAGGCACGUUUUGGCACGGUACGCGAAAUUUCGGGCCAGGACUACGUCGAAGAAGUGACAAAAGCAGGCGAAGGCAUCUACGUGGUGUUACACCUUUAUAGCCGAGGUGUGCCGUUCUGUGCGUUGAUCAACCAGCACCUAACACAGCUGGCUAUCGCUUUUCCGAUGACAAAGUUUGUCCGUGCAAUCGCUACCACGUGUAUUGCAAACUACCCGGAACGGAACGUCCCGACCAUAUUCGUUUACUUCGAAGGCCAGCUGAAGAAACAAUUCAUUGGGACAGUGGAACUUGGUGGACCAAAUCUUGCAUGUGAUGAGUUGGAAUAUAUGCUCGGGCAAACCAAAGCAAUUGAAAGCCAAAUUAAGGAAGAUCCACGGGAGUCACGGAAGAUUAAAGACAAAAUGUUUGCAGAACUGUCGGACAAUAACGAUUGGUAG